AUGACCGAACAACGCACAAACUCAAUCACCGUCACCUUGCAACAGGUCGCCAAAAUGAUUGACCAUUCAUUGUUGCACCCGACCAUGACCGACAAGGAUAUCCUCGAAGGUCUCCGCAUUGCCAGAAAAUACGGCGUAGCCACCGCCUGUGUCAAACCAUACCUCAUCCCUCUGGCGAAGAAGGAACUUGAAGGUAGUCAAGUGCUUGUCUGCCCUGUGAUUGGAUUCCCUCAUGGAAAUAGCACUACUGAGGUGAAAGUAUUCGAGGCAGAGGCAGCAGCUCUUGCUGGUGGUGCUGAAGUCGACAUGGUCAUCAACAUUGGCAAGGCACUCGGUGGUGAUUGGGACUAUGUGGCAGAUGAGAUCAAGCAAAUCAACAAAAAUGUCACGAAGCACGGAGCGACACUCAAAGUUAUCUUUGAGAACGACUACUUGCAAGAAGAGCAUAUUAUCCGACUUUGUCAAAUCUGUUCCGACAUUGGUGUUGCCUUUGUCAAGACAUCUACGGGUUACGGCUUUGUCAAGCAGCCAAAUGGCAUGUACUCGUACAAAGGAGCGACUGUGCCUCAUCUCAAACUCAUGCGAAAGCACUCUAAGCCUGAGAUACAAAUCAAGGCGGCCGGCGGGGUGCGCACUUUGGACGACUUACUUCAUGUUAUGUCACUUGGCGUGACGCGGAUCGGAGCUACUGCUACUGUGGCCAUUCUGGAAGACGCUGCAAAAAGAGGAAUUACAGACCAACCUACAACGGUCACAUUUAAACCGAUUGAUGAGAGUGCUCCGGGUGGUUACUAG